UGCGCCGCGAUAGCUUUUGUUUUCUUACACUUGAUAAGCAGCUAAGCACAUUUAAAAGUUAGUUGAUAAAGUGCAAUAAUGGCUUUAAUACCGCCGGUAACACGUCUUACAUCAAACAUAAUACGCAUAUUGGGCUGCAAUCCCAGUCCUAUGACAUUGCAAGGCACCAAUACUUAUCUGCUGGGCAACGGUAAAAAACGCAUACUCAUAGACACUGGAGACGAGAAUGUGCCGCAGUAUAUUGAGCAUCUGCGUGGCGUGUUAAAUGAGGAGAAGGCAGCCAUUGGUACCAUAAUAUUGACACAUUGGCAUCACGAUCAUGUGGGCGGUGUUAAGGAUAUUGUGGGCUCCAAGUUUGCAGCUAAGGGUGAGGAUUGUCAUGUGUACAAAUUCAAGCGCGGCGAUGAGAACGACAAUUGCCCGGAAAUACCGACACACAUAGAGGUAAAAGCUUUAAAAGAUCAGCAAGAGUUUGAGGUGGAUGGCGCCAAGCUGCGCAUUGUGCAUACGCCGGGACACACAACAGACCAUGUGGUAUUGACCACAGAUGAUGGCACGCUCUUUAGCGGCGAUUGCAUAUUGGGCGAGGGCACCGCCGUUUUUGAAGACCUACACGAUUAUAUGAAAAGUUUGGAUAAAAUAUUAAAAAUACGCCCUGGGCGCAUAUAUCCGGGUCAUGGCAAUAUAAUAGAGCAGCCCGUUGACAUGAUCAAAUACUAUAUCGAUCAUCGCAAUCAGCGUGAGCAGCAGAUCCUGCAGUUCUUUGUGCAGCGUCCCAGUGCAUGUUUCAAUGCUAUGGAUGUGGUGCGAGUGGUAUACAAAGAUACACCCGAAAAACUUUGGCCAGCGGCUGCCUACAAUGUGGGACAUCACCUAACCAAGCUGCAAAAGGAGGGUAAGCUCUAUGUAAGCCAACAUAAUGACGAAGACCGCUAUGGUUAUCAGCCAAGCAGUGCGCUCUAAGCGAACUACAUACAGGUAUAAAAACAUUUGUUUCGUUUACUUUCAAAAAAAAUUGUUUUCACUUUAAUGUAAAAAUAUUUAA